AUGGCACCCCAUCCGCUCGUCGGCAAGGCUGCACCCUCGUUCGCCAUCCCUGACUCGGAUGGGAAUACGUAUGAGUUCAAGCCUGGUCAGGGGAAGCCCAUCGCGCUGUUCUUCUACCCCGAGUCUGGCUCAUAUGGAUGCACGCGCGAGGCAUGUCAGUUUAGGGACGCGUUGGCCGAGAAAGAAAUAUACAAGCGAUCAAACGUCCAGGUCGUCGGCGUCAGCCCGGAUAGCGUCAAGAAGCAAAAGGAGUUCGUCGAGAAGCAGAAGCUCACCGUACGUCUGGUCGCCUUCUCUGAUCCCUCCGAUUGGGUUUAG